GGGGGGAGCGGGCACGUUCGAGAACCCCUUCGUUGCGGGGUGGGUGGGUGGCUGGUAGGCUAGCAGGCAGGCAGGCAGCCCACAGUUACCUCGCACACAGGUGAGGCCGGUAUCGACCUGACGCCAGAAAUACCGCGCAGCAUCGACCGUCGUCGUUAUACCUGGUCUCGCCCUCCCCCGCCCGCACCCUCUUCCGUGCCGCUCUUCGCCGCCGUCCACCCCCGGAGGAUGCGAUGCCGGAGGGUGCCAUGUAGUCGAUGGUGGAGGGUUUGGGGGCUGACGCACGGUCUCACCACCGCCAAUCCCUGGAUCCUGGCGGUCGCGGCUGCGCCCUGCCGCGCCUUCCGCGGCGAAACCGCCACCGUCGCCACCGCCACCGCCGCCGUCGUCACGACGGUGAGAGAGGGCGCCGCGGCGAUCCGGUGGCGGGGAGGACUCCGAGGGCAGACGUUCCAAAGCCACCCCGACGGAGAGACACGCCGAGACGCCCCUGCCAUUGGGAGCCCUUCGGUCUUAUACGCGAAUUUUAAACGGUUGGAAAAUGUUGUCGCCGUUGCAGACUCGGUUGUAAAUUCGAUUGAAAAGGUGGAGGGCCCGGGGACGCGAGGAGUCAAGGAGUCGGUGAACGACUCGAAGGACGAAGACGGAUCAGACGUCGCCUCGACUUUGAGCGGCCUGCUCGCCGGUCUUCCGACCUUGGCGGGCCCCCAACGCCUCGCCAAUUCCCUCAAGCAGAAGUUCGCCAGCAACUCCGAGGGAUGGCGAGACUCGGUGUUGGGGGCCCCGCGUCGUUUAUUGGUGACUCUCGGCAGUCUCUCCAGGGACAGUUCGCCAUGUCCUGCCGCGAAGGAGGAGGCUCUACCGAGUCUUCCGGUUCCGGACCUCGAGACGACCUUGCAGAAAUACUUGGCGCAGGUCGAAGCUAUCACGCCGAAUCACCUGGAAAAGACUCGAAGCUUGGUACGAGCCUUCCUGUCGGGUCCUGGCCCGAAACUCCAGCAACGUCUCUUCGAACGUAGACAGAAGGUGGCCAACUGGGCGACAGAAUGGUGGCUAAAUGACAUGUACCUGUCCAUCCCAUUGGCCCUGCCAAUUAACAGCAACCCCGGCUUGGCCGCGAAACCGAAAAGAUUUGCGAACCAGCAGGAAGCCGCGGUAUUCCUCGCGCGAUUUCUCACCGAGCUGCUUAAUUAUCAGGAAUUGUUGGACAGAUCCGGAUUGGAGAUUGAACGUGUGAAAUCCAAAGAUGGCAAGACCAUGCAACCGCUCUGCAUGGCGCAGCAUUACCAAAUAUUUCGGAUUUAUCGGCGACCCGGUGUAAACAACGACGAGCAAAUUGUCCUGGAUAGAGCGUCCUCCGGCGACCACAUUAUCGUCGCGCAUCAUAAUCAGUUUUAUAGCGUGCCGGUGAGGGCAUCGGAUCGAGGCCGAAUCACGGAAAUCGAAUUGGUCCAGCAAUUAUUAAGGAUCAUGGAAACCAAAGCCGAUCCUAGAACUCCGCCAGUUGGAAUUCUCACGACCACAAAGCGCCCGGCCUGGGCAAAAGCGCGGGAGGAGCUGAUAAAAAAUGAGCGCAAUCGUCACAAUCUGGAGUUGUUGGAGCGCUGUCUCUGCGUCGUUUGCAUCGACGACGACGUGCUGCCUACCACAUUUAACAAUCCCAUGAAGAAGGAGGACCGAUGGAUUGGCGACCGAGAUUACGCGAACGUGCUCCAUCAUGCUCUCCACGGUGGAGGGUCCCGGCACUUGGGCGCGAAUCGCUGGUUCGACAAAACUUUCCACGCUAUCCUCGGCAAAGACGGAAUGUGGGGAUUGACGUAUGAACAUUCCGCUGGCGAAGCACCGGCCGUCUUCAAUGCAUUCGAGGAUAUAACGGAGAAGGUGGACUCCAUGUCGCCGCCGGACGAGAAUUUGGUACCCUCGCAUUUGCCGGCACCCGAAAAGCUAGAAUGGUGCCUCACCGAGCAAAGUCUGAACGACAUCCGAGAAGCCAUGAUGAACUUUGACGCUCUGGUCGAAGAUUUGGACCUCUGUAUUCUGUGGUUUGAGGAUUACUCGAAGGAGUUCAUAAAGUCCUGCAGAGUCAGUCCGGACUCGUAUAUACAAUUAGCACUCCAACUUACAUAUUUCAGACUUCACGGGAAGCUGGUGGCCACUUACGAAAGCGCCGGCAUCCGGAGGUUCGCAUUGGGUCGCGUGGACUGCAUCCGGGCCGCCAGUCCGGAAGCGCUGGGGUGGGCGAAGGCUAUGUGCCAGGGCGAUCCUCACGGCCAGAUGAAUCAGCCGAACAACGCCAUGGACGGGAGCCCCAAAAGAGUUCAGUUCACCAUUUACAGUGCGGAAAGGAUCAAGGAGCUGUUCGACCUUGCGGUGCAGAGGCAGACGAAAGAGAUGAACGACAAUAUACAUGGUCAGGGUAUCGAUAAUCACCUGAUGGGGCUGCGUUACGUGGCGAAGGAGGCCGGUGAGCCGAUCCCAGAGAUCUUCACGGACGAGGCUUACGCAAUCGUUAAUCACUUCGCCCUCUCGACAUCACAGGUUACCACGAAGAACGACGUGAUCGUCGGAUACGGGCCGGUUGUGCCAGACGGCUACGGAUGCGCCUACAACGUGAGGAAGAAUGGCUUCAUCUUCUCGGUCUCGGCCUUCCACAGCGACGGCAGGACCAGCGCGAUGCAAUUCGCGCAAACUUUGGAGCAGAGUCUGCGGGACAUGGCGGCUAUGAUAAAGAAUUCAAAGAAGUGAUAGACGCGCGCAUGAUAGCUUCGCAAAACACGACACAAGAGCUGCAAAAACGCAGCACAGCUUCCCUCGACGGGGACGUAGGGCUGAUGUAGAAGAGCUUCGCGCGUCGCACGAGGGUGGUUCGAAACGCGGGUAGAUUGGACCCGUAAGAUGCACAAUCGAAUGACAUCGAGGCCGCUUUCCCUCGUUUACGAUGUCCUAAUGUAUUCCAUUUGAAAAAUACGCAAAUGCAAAGCGUCUGUAUCAGAAGCAGCAUUUUUCGUUUUCACGCGUCGUCAAUUUCGUUCGAUUUCUCGCGGUAAACUUUAGGUUUAUUUUAUUACACUUGACUUUAAUUUAAUUACACUCCAUUCGGACGAAGUGGAGAGCACGACUUUCGGAGCACCCUUGCAUGAAAUACUGUAUGAAAGUAUAACUUGUAGACUUAAGGAACGCGAGCGUAGGUGUAGCGCAAGAGAGAGAGAGAGAUUUAUCAACUCGUUCCCGCACUACUCGUUGAAUAUAUCGUUGGGUUUGAUAUAAUAAAUCUCUAUGGAACGUGUAGAAAUAAAGAACGAUUUUGUUGAAAUACCUAAAGAUUUAGUUAGAUAAUAAUUAAAACUAAUUUUGCUGGACUAUCAAAAUUAUUAUGUGAGACACUCGAGCAACGCAGCAAAAAGUUUUUGCCAUUCUGGAUCAGUUUGGAUGUUCGACGUAAUUAUUUUGACGAUUCCAAAAUAUCACUUUUAAAAAAAUCUGCAUCCAACUAAAUUUUUAGAUAUAAAAUUGUUCUUUCUCUUCACGGAGAAGAGAAGCGUUAUUGAAAGGUGCGAAACUGUCGUAAUUCUUAGGGUGUCCUUCGUUGCGUGGGCUGGUGUACUAGAAAUGAAUAUAUCUCUCGUUGUCUGUUUUCUAGAGAAGUAUGUACAAAACACACA